GUCGAUGUAAGUACCUGCUUACCUUGAACCACAGGUCGUGCCUUCCUUCUCAGUAUCAGUUCAAUAGUUUGACAAGAUGAGUUCCCGGGCCAUCGGGACCAUCACUCCUACCAUCAACAGCUCAUACACUCGUUCACCACCCAUCAUUCAUACUAUAUUUACGGUUCAAGAAUAUGUCCGAUAAUGUGUCCGGCAGUAGCAGCACCCCAGGAGAGGGAGAUGAACUGGCAGAAGUUAAGGAAUGGCAGAGGCAAUGGCAGAGAGACAGGGAAACCGCAGCGGAACGACGCCGAAGAAGACCUUGGCUAGGGCGAAGUUUCUAUUCGGAACUCGAAGCUUUCCAAGCCCGUCUGAAGAAACCCACGAGGCCAACCAACAAAGAUGGUCCGAGACUCGCAUUCCCAGCCCCUCCAGAACAAAGCAUUGCGGUAGCCGACUUUGCUUAUAUCCCAAGUACUGUGCCCGCUCAUGUACAAGAACCGCACCCGGUGCAUGUCAAUGAAGACCUUGGGAUCAUCCAAGAUGCCAUCACUCAGACGACUGAUAUUCUCACGAAACUUAGAAAAGCGUGGCGGAUGGUCCACACUAUUGAAGAUACGGCCACCACGGAUCACCAUGUCACCAUCGCCAUACUCCAUGUCAUCCAAGUAAGGGAGAUGGCCGAAUCCCUCUACGAAUAUGUGGAGAAACUCUCAAAGGCAUUAGAAUACACCCUCUACCAGCUGGAAAACUCCAGACCGCCGGCUGACCAAGCGACCUGGCACGAUCGCGCUGGGGAGGUCACAGUCAAUGUAUACGCCAUGAUGCUCCUAUAUCAAGACCUGUAUGAAGACAUGAAUUUCACCGUGGCGGGAUAUCACACUGCCCGGGCCGAGGCACGGUGGCGCACGACGCCUCGGGGAGAUAACGAAGUUCAAGCACUACGGCAGCAGGCCAAGGAGCACAGGGCCACUGACCCGGUGCGGCCGUUGGACUACGUGGCUCGGACUCAAAUCCCCCUCACUGGGCCUGCCAGGCCCGAGAUCCACCCAUAUCCCAUGCCCACCGACUUUGUCGAGGGGGCAGUCGCAUUUAUGCAGGUUACGAAUAAUCUUCUGAAACAGGGUCAGCGGGUUCGCCCUACCCCUGACGACUAGACACAUGCAAAUCCUCCGAACAUUGCCACGGAUAUACAGCAAAACUGUGCGUCGAGUGGAUGGUUUGAGUAGAUAGUU